CGGGUGAGCCGGUAGAGUACAGGUUCUCAAAAGAUUCACCAGGGGCCUGUAAUCACUUGGAGUAAAAGAAUCUGGAAAGAAAAGGAAAUUAGUUGGGGUUAACGAUGCUCCUCUUCCCUCUCCUCACAGUACUCUGGGUGCAGCACAGCCACGCCCGGACUCACUCUCUGAGAUAUUUUCUUCUGGCUGUUUCACACCCUGGCCCUGGAGUCCCUGAGUUUAUCUCUGUUGGGUACGUGGACUCACACCCUAUCACUACAUACGACAGUGUCACCCGGCAGAAGGAGCCAAGGGCUCCAUGGAUGGCAGAGAACCUGGCACCUGAUCACUGGGAAAGGUAUACUCAGCUGCUGAGGAGCUGGCAGCAGACAUUCAAGGAGGAACUGAAGGGCCUACAGAAGCACUACAACCACUCAGGGCUUCACACUUACCAGAUGAUUGGCUGUGAGUUGCUGGAAGAUGGCAGCACCACAGGGUUUCUCCAAUAUGCAUAUGACGGACAAGAUUUCAUCAUCUUCAAUAAAGACACCCUCUCCUGGGUGGUUGUAGAUAAUGUAGCUCAAAUCACCAAGCAGACAUGGGAGGCCAACCUGCAUGAGUUGCAAUACCAAAAGAACUGGCUGGAAAAGGAAUGCAUUGCCUGGCUCAAGAGGUUCCUGGAGUAUGGAAAAGAUACCCUAGAAAGGACAGGUAAGGAGGAGAGAGAACCUUGCUCUCACAUCCCUAGAAAAACUGGCUUUGUGUCUAACUUCCUCUUCUGCAGGUGCUAUUUACUCUGUGCUGAAAUCCAUCUCUUGGUUGGACUGUUCUGACCUAUAACCCCUAAGAGAACCCUCAUUAGGUGGUAUUUUUAGCAGCAUCUUGACAAGCCUUAGCAGUUCCACUUGUCUUGACAGAAUGUGGUGCCUCCAAGGGCAACGCUAUCAAAAAAAGUCCUCCGUCUCCUGCCAGGGAGAGGUUGGGAGAACUUCUGAGAGUGGGACAGUUGUUACAAACUAUUUAAGAAGCAGGGUUCACUGGGUGAGAGAGAAAAGCUGGCCUAUGAGGAAGGGCUUAGGAAGACUGGCUUCCUAAGAAACUCGGGGAUUAACAGGACGAUUCUUCUGAGUACACAGCUUGUCUCCUGCUGUAAAUACACGAGCCUUUUAGUCAACUUCAACAGAACGCAGAAUGUUUUGUGUUCGAUGGGAUGAUUCAAAUAUUUCCGGAAAUCCCUGAACACUGUUGACCUUUCCCGGAAGAGUAAUGUCUAACCGGAGGGACUUUGCAGAGCUGGGACAAGCCUGGGGUGGAGAGGAGGGGUCUGGACCAUAGUUGUAAGCAUGUGCUGUGUGUCCAAAUGCAGGCUUUGGAGGCAAAUGAUUAGAGCCUUGAGGUGGCUUUCCUCCCUACUUGCAGAAUAACUAUCAAAGCUAUGCUCAAUGGUUGCAGUGAACAAAUCUGCUUCUAACAGAUUCGAGCAGAUCCUAUUAGAAAACAGGAAUCAGAAUAGCAUGGAGACCUAAGAAACCAAAACCAUAAUUGAUAGCUUUUCUCCAGGGGAGGGGUGGAGGCAGGGGAUGAAGGGACCAGCACAAAUGUCACAUCUUCAUGGCUUCUCCAUUCUGCAAGACAGGCUACUGUCUCUGAGUACUUGUUACCUAAAUAAAUAAAUCUUAAGAGAACUGUGACUGGCUUGAGUUGGAUCAUUUGUGACCUCUUUACCUAAUCACUGUGACCAUCAGAAAAAGCUUCAAAGAUUUGUACUGGGCAACAAAGUUCUGGCAAUGACUAAUGGCACAGCUAACAUAGUCUAAUUGAGGAGAUUCAACCAGGGAUCCUUCACAAGGGGUCUAGUGGGGAUCCUAACAAGGGGUGGUGAAGAUUCUGGAGAGGUGAAGUAUGAGAACACCAUUGCCCCAGUAUGAUCUGAAGGGCAGGAAGAGGAGACAUCGCUAGCAGAGCCCAGCAAGAGUUGGUUUGUUGA